AUGAUGAACAUUGCUUUCAACACACCCACAGAGGUGCAAAAAGAGGACGCGCAGCAAGACGUGGAGGCCCUUGUAAGCCGCGCGGUCCAAGCCCAGAUCCUGACCGGCAAGGAACUCCAAGUUGCUGCCAAGGAAGAAACAUGUUCCUCUGGGAGAUGUAUGCUUUUUCCUCUUAGGCCUUUCAUUCAUCUUGGCAGGACUUAUUGUUGGUGGAGCCUAUACAAGUACUUCAUGCCAAAGAGUACCAUCUACCAUGGAGAAAUGUGCUUCUUUGAUUCUGAGGCUCCUACAAAUGCCCUCCAAGGAGGGGAACCCUACUUCCUGCCUGUGAUGGAAGAGGCUGACAUUCGUGAGGAUGACAACAUUGCAAUCAUUGAUGUGCCUGUUCCCAGAUUCUCUGAUAGUGACCCUGCAGCAAUUAUUCAUGACUUCGAAAAAGGCAUGACUGCUUACCUGGACUUGCUGCUAGGGAACUGCUAUCUGGUGCCUCUGAAUACCUCCAUUGUUAUGCCUCCAAAGAAUCUGGUGGAGCUCUUUGGCAAACUGGCAGACCCCUAUAAUUCAGAUGUUGGUGAACUUAAUGCUGUCCCAGCGGUCUUGAGAUGA